AUGCCUACCAUAACAGAGCCUCAAAUCCAGUCUGUGCUCGUCGUUGGCGGAGGAGGCUUUGUGGGAUCGCAUGUCGUUCGCGCUCUUCUGCUGGAACCAGACUGCGACAUAUACGUGGCAAGCAGGACGCCGGACAGCCACCCGGAUCAAGACAGCCGCGUUACUUACAAGACCGUUGAUAUCACGGAUGAAACUCAUCUCGCCGCGCUCUUUGGCACGAUUAGGCCACAGGUUGUCAUUCACACCGUCUCUCCGUCGCCAACAGCAUCGGCAGAAGCGCUGGAACGCACCAACAUUGAGGGAACGAGAAACUUGUUGAACGUGGCGGCUGCUAGUUCCGAGACGCGGGUGUUUGUUUACACUUCGUCUGAUUCGGCUCUUGUGCUGACUCAGGAACCAAUUGAUGAGGAACGGGGGCAGCUGUAUACGGCACAGAAUUAUAGUAAUGCGUAUGGCAAAACGAAGGGCAUAGCUGAUGCAAUGGUUAUUGCUGCGAAUGGUCCUGGCUUGCGGACGGCAACGUUGCGAAUUCCUGUUGUUUACGGAGAAUACGAUUAUAAUAACUUACUGCCGCGGCUGUUGGGGAGUAUCCAGAGAGGCGAGCAAAGGAUGCAGGUUGGUUCUGAUUCGAAAGUGUUUGAGUUUUGCAGUGUCCACAAAGCUGCAGAAGCGCAUGUAUUGGCGGCCAAGGCGCUGUUGCGUGUUGAUUCUGCUCCCAGGGGAGAUGCUCAGCCUGAUGGCCAGGGAUACUUUAUAAGUGAUGGAAAGCCACAGCCCUUCUUUGACUUUAUGCGGCGCUGCUACGCUGCUGCUGGAGCGCCGGUGAAGCCGGAGGAGGUGAAGAUUAUGCCGUUGUAUAUGGUUCAAAGCAUUGCUUCAUGCACGGAAUGGGCGUAUAUGAUCUUGACGCUGAAUUAUAAGAGGCCGAGUAUGCGGCGUCAGGAAAUUGAUUAUCUUGAUCGGGGGUGUUGCUGGGACAUUUCAAAGGCAAAGGAGAGAUUGGGGUAUGAGCCUGUGAAGGAUCAGGAUGAAGCCAUACGAAGCAUGAUGGAAUGGGGCAUUGAUAAUAUUAAAGUUUGA